UAGCUAGAGACCAAGGGCGAUUCUCAGGCACCGCACGGAGCUGCUGCUGCGUUUUCUUCCUGCCCGCGAGGCUGAGUCCCGGGAGAGCGAGCCCGCUAGUCCUAGUGCUCCUCGAGCGGGAGAUGUAGCAGGACGAGGCGGCGUUGGCUCGCCAGGCGAGGGGGGAGGGCAAGGGAGGACAAUUAAAGAGCUUUGCAGACACAGAAAGGAGAAGGGCUGGCGACAGAGCGUGUCGGGAGCGCAGGGGUUGUCCUCAAAUUCUUCGCCAGGAUUGCUUGCCGGGCAGCAUCAGCUGCACUUGGUGCCUCCGGCUGGAGAAGCCACCAGGCGUGCUUGGACGAGGACCGAAGGACGAGAGGAACGCGACUGUGAAUGUGCCCUGGGCUUCUUUGGCUGCCGCUGCGGGGAUGCGGAGAGAGUGAUAUUUUUGCGGCUCGUACCACGUUAAGAAUUGAGGCUAAACCCUAACCCUUUUCUCCCCUCCUUCCCUUCCUUCCCUUUCUCCACCCCCCCCCCCGGUCUGUCUCCUGCCUGCCUGGCCGCCUGUCUAUAUACAUACAUAAUAUAAUAUUUUUUUAAAGAAUCGGGCCAUUUAAAGUUGCUGCUGUAAAGCUGCUCCCAUUGGUUGUGUAUGUGUGUGUGUGGGAACUGAAGAAGCAGAGACUCAUACAGUGUGUGCAGCCUUCAUUGCUGCUGGAGUUGUCGGUGCUGCAGCAGUAGAAACGUGACUUCCAACAUUAAAAAAAAUAUCUCCCCCUUUUAAUCCUUCCCCUCCCCCUUUUCCAAGAUGUAAACUACACCUCGGACACUACGGGCCUACGGAUCUCUGGUUCUUGGGAAAGCGAAAAAGGGGACAUCAAGGGUGUCUUUUUGUGUGUGUGUUUAGGGUGUAAAAUUUCCAUUAUGAAUGUUUCUCUAAAGUGAUUUUUUGGAGAGGUGGUUUGCUUUGCAUUUGUCUUUUCUUUUCUUUUUUAAACCCCGCCACCCAGCAUAUUUUGGAUUUAUUGCAAGGAGAAUUGCAUUGUGUCGAAGGAAAUCGGAUUACAAGAAACCACUACAAACAAGAAACAAAAAAAGGAUCCCCCCUCCCCAAAUUGGUUGCGGCUUUUAAUUCAUGAAGCGAUUGUCCCCAUUUGCAAUCACAAUCUGGAUAUCAGAAUGAGUAAAGAAAGACCGAAGAGGAAUAUAAUUCAGAAGAAAUACGAUGAUAGUGAUGGAAUUCCGUGGUCGGAGGAGAGGGUGGUACGAAAAGUCCUUUACUUAUCCCUAAAGGAGUUCAAGAAUGCGCAGAAAAGGCAACAUGGCGAUGGCAUUAAUGGGAGCCUCAAAGGUGUGAAUGGACUCCUUAGUAAUGGCCAAUCUAAAGGAUUACGACCGGGGUCUGAACAGCUAGAGAAUGAGAAGGAUGAUGCAUCGCAAGUGUCCUCUACUAGCAAUGAUAUUAGUUCUUCAGAUUUUGAAGAAGGGCCAUCAAGAAAAAGGCCAAGGCUGCAAGCACAAAGGAAGUUUGCUCAGUCUCAGCCAAACAGCCCCAGCACAACUCCAAUAAAGAUAGUGGAGCCAUUAUUGCCCCCUCCAGCUACACAGAUUUCUGACCUCUCCAAAAGGAAGCCCAAGACAGAAGAUUUCCUUACAUUUCUCUGCCUACGAGGUUCUCCUGCCCUGCCCAGCAACAUGGUAUAUUUUGGAAGCUCUCAGGAUGAGGAAGAUGAAGAAGAAGAAGAUGAAGAAACAGAGGACACAAAGGUGGCCACAAACAAUGCUUCAUCUUCAUGCCAGUCGACCCCCAGGAAAGGGAAAACACACAAGCAAGUUCAUAAUGGGCAUGUCUUCAAUGGAUCCAGCAAAACAGCGAAAGAGAAGGAACCUGUUCAUAAACAUAAAGUCAAGGAAACAACACCAGCAAAGGAGAGACACAGCGAACACAGAUCCGAGAGUCGAAAAGACCAGGCUGCUGCUAAUCAUCAUUCUUCAACAAACACAGGCUUCUCCACAAAAGGGCUCACUGCUAACAACCACCACACCCUUCAUCGAUCGGCUCAGGACUUAAGGAAACAGGUUUCAAAGGUCAAUGGUAUCACUCGGAUGUCAUCUGUGAGUGCAAACACAGCCAGUGCCAAAAAGAUGAGAGAAGUCAGACCUUCACCGUCCAAAACUGUGAAGUACACUGCAACAGUGACAAAGGGAACUGUCACAUACACCAAAGCCAAGAAAGAACUGGUCAAGGAAACCAAACUAAAUCACCACAAGCCCAGUUCGCCUGUCAACCAUACAAUCUCAGGGAAAAUGGAAAGUAGCAAUGCAAAAACCCGCAAACAGGUGCUAUCCCUUGGAACGGCCAAACCCAACAGUCCCGCUGUUAACGGUGUCAAGGUCAAUGGCAAGUUGAACCAAAAGACAUGCACUAAGGAGGUAGGGAGGCAGUUGAGGGAGGGGCUGCGCAAUUCGAAAAGGAGGCUGGAAGAGGCAAACCACAUAGACAAAACGCAGUCGCCAACCAAGAAGAUAAAGGGGGCGGCUCCUGUGAUCGAAGCCCCAAGCAAAAAGGCCCCUGUGAUCGAAGCCUCAAGCAAAAAGGUCCCUGUGAUCGAAGCCCCAAGCAAAAAGGCCCCUGUGGAGAAGCCUUUGCUCAAUGGCCAUGUGAAAAAGCCUGGAAGCCAGGAAGUGCCACAGAAAAGCCUGGAAAGAAAUCGGCCGAAGAGAGCAGCUGCUGCCGCUGGGAAAAACAUGCCAGGGAAACAAGCACAGAGCAAAACUGAAAAUGCCUCCUGUGAAAAUCAUUCUACCUCUCAAACGGAGUCCUUGCACAAGCCCCAAGACUCAACGGGGAAGCACGAGAAGGGGAGUGUCAAGUCUGGGUGGGCCACGAUGGAAGAGAUUCCUAUCCUCCGGCCUUCCCCAAAGGAGUUCCAUGACCCGUUGAUAUACAUCGAGUCAAUCCGUGCUCAGGUGGAGAAGUAUGGGAUGUGCAGGGUGAUCCCUCCCCCUGACUGGAGGCCUGAGUGCAAGCUGAACGAAGAAAUGCGCUUUGUGACCCAGAUUCAGCACAUUCACAAGCUGAGCAGGCGCUGGGGGCCCAACGUGCAGCGGCUGGCCUGCAUCAAGAAGCACCUCAAAUCUCAGGGCAUUACUAUGGACGAGCUUCCACUCAUAGGAGGCUGUGAGCUAGAUUUGGCCUGCUUUUUCCAACUGAUCAAUGAAAUGGGGGGCAUGCAGCAAGUGACUGACCUCAAGAAAUGGAACAAGCUGGCAGACAUGCUGCGCAUCCCCAAAACUGCACAGGACAGGUUAGCAAAGCUGCAGGAAGCCUACUGCCAGUACUUGCUCUCCUAUGACUCCCUCUCUGCUGAGGAGCACAAGAGACUGGAGAAGGAAGUCCUCUUUGAAAAGGAGAUCCUGGAAAAGCGGAAAGGCCCUCUGGAGGUACAUUCCGACAACAACUAUGAAUUCCAGUCUCUGCCCCGGUAUGAGCCCAAAAACGGACUCAUCAAUGGUGUGGUUCAUAAAAACGGCUUCCGGAGCAAAGCGAAGGAAGUCGAAAUCCCACAGAAAACAGGCAGGCGGCGACUCUUCUCUCAGGAAAAAGAGACCGUGAAGGAAGAGGAGGAAGAGAAAGGUGGCGUUCUUAGUGACCUCCACAAGUGUACAUAUAAGGGAAGGUCUGUUUCUUUAACAACCUUUUAUCGAACAGCAAGAAACAUCAUGAACAUGUGUUUCAGCAAAGAGCCUACAGCAGCUGAAAUAGAGCAAGAGUACUGGAGGUUAGUGGAACAGAAGGAUUGCCAUGUAGCAGUGCACUGUGGGAAAGUGGAUACCAACACCCACGGGAGUGGCUUUCCAGUGGGAAAAUCAGAACCGUUUUCAAGGCAUGGGUGGAACCUAACAGUCCUUCCUAAUAACAUGGGAUCCAUCCUGCGACAUCUUGGUGCUGUGCCUGGAGUGACAAUUCCUUGGCUAAAUAUUGGCAUGGUCUUUUCUACCUCAUGCUGGUCUCGAGACCAAAAUCACCUUCCAUAUAUUGACUACUUACACACUGGUGCUGAUUGCAUUUGGUAUUGCAUUCCUGCUGCAGAGGAGAAAAAACUUGACAAAGUGGUACAUACCCUGCUGCAAGCCAAUGGCACUCCAGGGCUGGAAAUGCUUGAAAGUAACGUCAUGAUCUCCCCAGAGCUGUUGUGCAAAGAGGGGAUCAAGGUGCACCGUACUGUACAACAGAGUGGGCAGUUCGUUGUCUGCUUUCCAGGAUCUUUUGUGUCUAAAGUGUGCUGCGGCUACAACGUCUCUGAAACUGUGCACUUUGCUACCACCCAGUGGACAAGCAUGGGUUUCAAAACUGCCAAGGAAAUGAAGCAGCGACAUAUACCCAAGCCGUUUUCAAUGGAAAAGCUGCUUUAUCAGAUUGCGACAGCAGAAGCGAAGAAAGAAAAUGGGUCUGCUCUGAGUACAAUAUCGGCACUUCUGGGAGAGCUCAGGGACACCGAGUUGAGACAGCGGCGGCAGCUAUACGAAGCAGGCCUCCAUUCUUCAGCCCGCUAUGGGAGCCACGACAGCAGCAGUUCGGGAGCGGAUGGGAAGAAAAAGCCUCGGAAGUGGCAGUUAGAGACGUCUGAGAGGAGGUGUCAGAUUUGCCAGCACCUGUGUUACCUAUCCAUGGUUGUACAGGAAAAUGAAAAUGUUGUCUUCUGCCUCGAAUGUGCCCUGCGGCAUGUGGAAAAACAGAAGUCUUGUCGUGGACUGAAACUAAUGUAUCGUUAUGAUGAGGAGCAAAUAAUCAGUUUAGUCAAUCAAAUUUGUGGAAAAGUAUCUGGCAAAAAUGGUACCAUUGAGAACUGUAUCAGCAAGCCUACACCAAAAAGAGGACCUCGGAAAAGAGCAACAGUCGACGUGCCGUCAUCAAGACUUUCAUCCUCCAGUUCAUCCAAAAGUGCUUCAAGUUAAUCAUGAAGAUGCCAACACACACUCUCAUUUUUGUCAAUUUUAUAUAUAUUUUUUGUAAUUAUUAUAUCAUAGUUUGGAGUACUUGCUGUAGAAUACAAGCUGUCUUUGCACUAGCUCUAAAGAAGAUUUUCUUCUGGUUUUAGAGAACUAAUUUUGUUUUAGCAUUAAACUGUUGAUUUUUUUUUAAUUUUUAAAUCUUAGGAUAGUUAGAUACAGCAGGUGUCUUUUUUUAACUGCUGUAUAUUCACUGUUUUAAAAGCAGCAAGGGGCAAAUAAAAUUCAUUUGUAUUUGUCCCUCUGCCUGAAAAUAAAAAAGCCUUUUUUGGUAACUGUGAGAAGGCUUUUAAACCCUUUUUUUAAUAGGUUAAAGUUUGGUGUGUUUUAUAAUUUGUUCUCCAGUCAUGUCAGCAAUUUUUUUUUCUAUAGAGAGAAAAGGGAUAGGAGACAAAACUUGAAAGAAAUUGCUAUACUUUUGGCUUGUAUUCUGUAACAGGCAGGAUGAGUUUUGUACCUUUUUAAAUUGGAGAAUACACACUUUUCUUUGAGAGGUUAUGGCAGCUGAAGAUGGACUUAGUUUUCUAACCGUAGGCAAAAUGGGAGAUUUGGAGAAAAUGUUCUCUGUUACCAGCACUUCACUAUGCAUCUGUUCGAGGAGGAGAAGAAAGAGAAGAAAAAGACUGCCUGCCUUGAGGAGUCAUGCGAGCGAAAACUGUGCCUGAUUUCAUUAGGAAAUCCAUUCUGUUAUUUUUUGGUGCUGUUGGCUACUUUAUCAAAAACCCUUCAAUAGCAUCCUUUUAAAAAAAAAAUGAUCGAAGCCGUAAGUGCUUCUUGUCAUAGACGUGCAAUCUUUAACAUUCCAUUUCCAUUCCACUGCUGUUGUUCAUACCUUUUCACAGUCAGCAUUAAUUUUGUUUGUUAUAUGAUCACAUUUAGAGCCACUAGCAGGUUUGCAUCUUUCUUUUGAAUGUGAAAAUGCAUUUGCUCUCAUCUUGUCUAUUUUUUUCUUCUUCAUGUUGUAACAAAAAUCAUACCUUUUGUACAUAAGCCUGUAAAUUGUUUUAAAUACUUGAGCCUUUUCUUGGGAGGGUGGGGAAGGGUGGCAAAGAGACAAGAUGAAGAAAAGCCUUACGUUUCACUUUCUUCAUCGGUUGGAUUGGAUGCUUACAGGGUUUUUCUUGUAACAUUUAUAAGUGCUGCUUACAUCACUGAACAACAACAAAAUAAUAAUGGAGUAGUUGUUGCCCUUUUCCAGUUGUGUGUACAGUAUGUGUGGAAUAAAAAAGGGAAAAUGUUUUCACAAACUCUGGUUUCAUAAUUGAAUUCAACAAGACCGUAGAGCUACCCAUAUUGCACUGAGCUUGCCAGUGGUGAGUGACUGUCAGGAAAGUCUUAUAAAAUACAUAUUGUUGGUUGUUGCAGAAGACUGAAUUGUUUUGGAAUAUUUAACAAUAACAUACAGAGUCAAGUGUUUUCCAAUGUGGUUGUCUGGUUUUUAUGGCCUUGCUGUGUACUUUUUCCUUCUUGACAGUAAACUUCUGACUAUGGCUUACA